UUAGUGAUGACAAUAUAUUUUUUAAUAUUUAUUCUUCUAAGAAAACUCUACAAGAUAUUGAGCAUAACAUUUAUAUAGUAAUACACGGGGGAAGAAUUAAGCAUAAAAUAAUAGUUGAUGGGUAAAUGACAAGGCAUUGGGAGUUUGAAGAGGUGUGAACCACAGAAAAUGGAAGAGUGAAGGAAGGCCACACGGAGUUGUGUUCUUCCAUGGCUUCCACGUGGACAUGCAGAGCUCCUCUGCAGGUUGAACUGGGCAAGUUCUGGAUUUUGAGAAAAAGGAGUAAUUUGCAAGUGCAGUGCUCCGGCAGACCCCCGAGAGCCCCUCCUGGAGUUGACACAAGAAUCCACUGGGACAACGAGGAUGAAGGGUGGAUUGGUGGCGGAGACAGAGAAAAAGACACCAAAUCCAGCAACAUGUUCGCCGACGGUGAUGACUUGGCAGAUUUGCUCCUCACUUCUUCUUUAGGCUCUCAUUACGAAUUCUUAGGAGUAUCACCCGAUGCGGAUUUAGAAGAAAUAAAAGUUGCUUAUAGAAAACUAUCGAAGGAGUAUCAUCCCGACACAACUUCCCUCCCACUGAAAAGUGCGUCGGAAAAAUUCAUGAAACUGAGAGAGAUUUACAACGUUCUGAGCGACGAAGAGAGUCGAAAAUUUUAUGAUUGGAGCCUUGCUCAAGAGGCUGCAAGCCGACGUGCAGAGAAGAUGAGAAUGAAAUUAGAGGAUCCUCGGGAGCAACAACUCAGGAACUGGGAACCUGUUCCCGACAUGGUCGACCGCCUCGGUGGAAAGAAUAUGAAGCUCAGUGAUCAGGCUGUCUCUGCCAUCACUAUUGAUGUUUUUAUCAUUAUUUUUUCCAUCUGCUGUAUCAUUUACGUAAUCUUUUUUAGAGAACCAUAUUACUACUAGCUUAGCUAUAACCCUUUACAACUUAUACUGCACAAUCAAAUAUAUUACACCAUUUCUUUC